CUCUAACUCUCCUGCAACUUCUGGUUCAAUCUAGGGAUCAAGAGAGCAUCCCCAUGUCCAGACCUAAAUAUGAGUCCCCUCUCUCCUCCAGGACAGUAAGGAGAUGCCACCUAAGACCAAAGAAAAAGGGAUUAAAGCUGGGGCGCAGAAGAAAAAACAGAAUUCAGGUCCUGAUGUGGAGGCUGAAUCCAUGCACAAGCUGGCGGUGCUGGAAAAGGAGUUGCUCCAAGAACACUUAGCUCUGCGGAGGAGGGAGGCCCACCGAGCAAAGGCUUCUGAGGACCGGCUGAAGCAGACGUUGCAAGUGCCGGAGGCCCAACUGGAGGGGGCCCGAAGUGAAGGGAAGGCCAUGUACACAGCGAUGAGACAAUGCCAGGACCUGCAGGAUGCCCACAGCAGGCAGCUGGAGGAAGAAGUGAGGGACCGGGAGCAGCUGGAGACAUGCCGGAGGGAGGCUGAAGCUACAUGGUGAGAGGCUGAGCAGGCCCUCAGAGAGCAGGACAGGACCCUGGCUCAGCUCUGGGCCCACGUGGCAGACACAGAGGCCAAGUACGAGGAAAUCUUGCAUAUAAAAGCUUGGUGUCUACAGGGCAGCCUGGACCAGCUCUUGGCCAAGCUGAGGACCAUCAAGCCUCAGUGGAAUGUGGUCGUGCUGAGGCUCCACGCCACCAAGGAGCAGCUCCGCCAGUUUGGACUCAACCCCCUGGAUCUUUGAAGAUGUAAACAUCUAGUCUCUGGAGCUGAGGCUGCAGCAAUAAAGCUGUCUUGAUGUAGAAUUCAACAGAACGGUGCCCUGUGGCUUUUUGGCAGAGAUGAGUGCCUCUCAUGGGGACAUCUCUGUUCUAGGCUGACCCAUUACCCUGAAGACUCAAUGAGAGGAGAGAAAUUUGGUGAGAUCUCAAUUUCUCUGCCAGAGAAACUGGAUUCCACCUCUUGAGCCUGGGGCCCUUUUGGUCCCUUCAAAUUACCACCCCGUGCCCCCAGCAACCCUGACCCAAGCAGUCAGAUGUGUGGGGAAGAGCCAUUUUUAUAAUGGACCAACAGUGACCAGGCACCAGCCCCCCACACAAUCCUAAGGUACCCAGAGGGGGAAGGUGACUGGUCUCCAAACUCUUACAAUAAGCCUGAGGGUCCUGGAAUCAUGUUUAGGGCAACUUCCACAUGGCUUCAAUCCUAGUCAGCCCCCCAGUCCACUUGGAAAGGGAAAACUCCGUUUCUCCUACAUU